AUGUCUGUUGAAACAUCUUUAUCAUACGCUGCUUUAAUCUUAGCUGAUUCAGAAAUUGAAAUCUCAUCUGAAAAAUUAUUAGCUUUAACUUCAGCUGCUAAAGUUCAAGUUGAUCAAAUCUGGGCUGACUUAUACGCUAAAGCUUUAGCUGCUCAAGAUGUCAAAGGUUUAUUAACCAACAUCUCUGCUGGUGGUGCUGCUUCAGGUGCUUCUGCUGCUGCUCCAGCUGCUGCCGCUGGUGGUGAAGCUGCUGCUGAAGAAGAAAAGAAAGAAGAAGAAGCUAAAGAAGAAUCCGAUGAUGAUAUGGGUUUCGGUUUAUUCGAUUAA